AGCUAAUAGCUGUUGAUUUUUAGACUUGCACCCCAGAUGUUUGAUAUAAUGGCUCUACUGAAGUUUUUGAACUGCUGAGAGGUUGAGCUAAUUUAUGCAGAUUAUAGAGUAUAGGGACUGGUCUGUGAUUCGUUAUGUAGAAAGGGGACUGAGUUAUCCCGGUAAGAUAUAAAUAAAUAAAUCCCAUCCCGCUUCUAAAACCCUUGUCAGAAAACGUUUCCAAUCCCCAUUUCUGCAGAAGCAGCAGGGUGGUGGAGUAGACGAAGGAUCGACAUGGCUUACGGUGGUGCAGGCACGGCCUCAACGACAAGGCAAGUUAAGCUAGAGAAAGAGAGCGAGCUGAGAAUCGAAGUAGCUAACGACACUCCACUUCGCUUAAGACUCCUAAACGGCACCGCAGAGAUCUUUGGCACCGAGCUUCCCCCUCAAAUCUGGCUCACCUUCCCUCCUCACUUCAAAUUCGCUGUUUUUACUUGGUAUGGAGCCACAAUUGAGAUGGAUGGUUCUACGGAGACCGAUUAUACAGCUGAUGAGACUCCUAUGGUUAGUUAUGUAAAUGUGCACGCUGUGCUCGACGGACGAAGAAACCAGGCUAAAGCAUCUCCUGAAUCUUCUCAGGGCCCUAGGGUGAUUGUUGUUGGACCUACAGAUUCAGGAAAGAGUACAUUGUCGAGGAUGCUUCUCAGCUGGGCAGCUAAACAAGGUUGGAAGCCUACUUUUGUGGACUUGGAUAUAGGCCAAGGAUCUAUAACUGCUCCUGGAUGCAUUGCUGCCACCCCCAUUGAGUUGCCUAUUGAUCCAGUCGAAGGCAUUUCGCUUGAAAUGCCUCUUGUUUACUUCUAUGGCCACACAACUCCCAGCCAAAAUGUGGAUCUGUACAAAGCACUUGUAAAGGAGCUUGCUCAAAUAUUGGAAAGACAAUUUACUGGAAAUGCUGAAUCUCGUGCUUCAGGCAUGGUGAUCAACACCAUGGGAUGGAUAGAAGGUGUAGGCUAUGAGUUGCUUCUUCAUGCAAUUGAUACAUUCAAUGCUAAUGUGGUCUUGGUUUUGGGUCAGGAAAAGCUUUUCAGCAUGCUCCGGGAUGUGCUAAAGAGCAAGCCUAAUGUGGAUGUUCUGAAACUUCAAAAGUCCGGUGGUGUUGUUUCCAGGAGUUCAAAAUUCCGCCAGAAGUCUAGAAGUUACAGGAUUAGGGAAUAUUUCUAUGGCAUUGCAAAUGAUCUUUCUCCACAUUCAAAUAUUGCAAAUUUUAGUGAUUUAUUUGUGUAUCGAAUUGGUGGCGGACCACAAGCCCCAAGAUCAGCUCUGCCAAUUGGGGCUGACCCUGUUGCCAACCCUCUGCGAGUUGCACCUGUUAAUAUUGAUCGAGAUCUGCUCCAUGUUGUUCUUGCUGUUUCGUAUGCCCAAGAACCUGAUCAAAUUGUUUCUAGUAACAUUGCUGGAUUCAUCUACGUCACGGACAUUGAUCUUCAAAGGAGAAAAAUUACAUACCUUUCCCCAACAGCAGGGGAACUUCCAAGUAAAUAUUUGGUCAUGGGAACGUUAACAUGGCUUGAAACUUGAGCAUUCAGAAACCGCUCGCAUUCACAACUGAAAAGACCUUGGUAUGGGAAUGCAGCGCUCCAAUCAGAACCGUAUACUAGUUUGCUAAUAGUCUGUGGGGCCAUUCUAGUUUUCAGAGUUGUCUUGACCGUUUAAUUCAAAACCAAGAACAAGUUCUAUAUUACAUAUUACAUUAAAUGUUACAUAUUACAUUGAUUAAUAGCUAAUAGCUAAUAUUAAUAUUUA